UUUCGAAUCCAGUAUUGCAAAAGUUGCCAUAGUUUUAAAAUGACCGCUACUUUUAUUAUCUGCGCAUGCGCACUCUGAAUCUUCUUCAUUCGUAAAAUCAGUUGAUUGUGAACUUGUGAAGUGGUGAAGUUGUCUGUCAAGUCGUCAAUACAAGACUCGCUUGUGUUGACAAGAAUUUUGCAAAAAGUAAUAAUAUUAUUGUUGUGCGGUAGUUGGCUUUAUCUAAAUAAAUGCAUUUUUUAUUUUAUUAAAACGUGAUUUCUUCCUAGUGCUAACAGGCUUUUUGUCAAUUUUAAGAAACUGAACUUGUCUUAACAAGAAAAAUUAAUUUGACAUGUGCAAAGAACAGUGGCUGUUUGAUUCAGUUUUGUGGUUAUUACCAGUAAUAACACUAAUCACCGGUAUCAUAACACUAUUUUACUUUUUGGGCACUAAAAAUUACAAUUACUGGACAAAACAUGGCGUAUUUAGCAAUACUCCCCGUUGGCCAUUCCUGGGUAACCUGAGAAUCUCCGAUCUGCCGAAAUCCAACCGGGACCUGAUCAAAGGCAUCUACGACAGUUUCGAAGGCCGUGGUUGCGGUGGAUUCUAUUUUCUGACAAAACCAGUGCUGGUCGUGCGAGAUCCCGAUCUGAUUGUCAGUAUUCUGGUGAGCGAUUUUGCGCAUUUCUCGAGUCGUGGCUUCCAUUCAAACGAGCAGCAUGAUCCACUCUCCAAAAAUCUCAUCCAUUUGGAUGGUCCGCCUUGGAAACAGGUCAGGCCUAAGAUGACCGCUGCGUUUGGCAUCAAUAAGUUGAGGACUAUGAUAUCUGACAUGGAUAAUUUCGCAGUUAAAACUCUGGAACAGAUGUCAAAACAUAGUAACAUAAAUGCUGAAGAUUUAUCUGAUAAAUUCAUGAUUGAUGUAGUAUCUUCGUGUCUGUUCGGUAUCAAUUCGGAAGCAAUUGAAAAUCCUGAGUCAGCUUUCUAUGAGGUAGCUAAGCAGAUAUUUGAUGGCUAUCACUUCCUGGUACAUGUAUUUGUGGGCUACAUGUUUCCUGCUGUGCACACUCUUGCCAGGAUGACAGUGGCUCGGUCGCAAGUCACCCACUUCUUCAAGAAAGUCACCAACGAAAACCUGCACUUGAGAAAGUCUGAAGGAUUUUCACAGAGAAAAGACUUCUUUCAGACUCUUGUGAGCAUGAAGGAGACGCAGGAAAUUUGUAAAGAAGACAAUGGGGGAAGUAAAGUUUGCGAUGAAGACUUUAUCGCAGCAAAUCUGUUCAUGUUCUUCAGUGCUGGCUUUGAUUCUUCGGGAAAGAUUGGAGCUUUCAUUAUCUAUGAGCUGGCUGCUAACAAAGAGAUGCAAACAACUUUGAGAGACGAAGUACUAAGAGUACUUGAAAAGUACGACGAUAAAAUGAGCUUUGAGGCUCUUCAAGAAAUGACCUAUUUAGAAAAGAUAGUUGCCGAAGCGAAUCGGAAAUAUCCAAUUCUGAUGGUGAUCUUUAGAAAAUGCGAAAAAGCCUAUCGCCUGCCUGACGGGGGUCUCAUUGAACCAGGAAUUAACGUGAUGAUACCAUCUUCAGCCAUCCACUAUGACCCUAAAUUCUACCCAGACCCUGAGAAAUUUGACCCGGAACGUUUCAGUGAGGAAAAUAAGAGUCAAAGACAUCAGGGCUCUUAUCUGCCGUUUGGGAUUGGACCCAGGAUUUGUCCAGCAUGGCAGUUUGCAAUACUGGAGCUGAAAGUGUUUGUGGCAAGAAUUGUCUCCAAAUACGAAUUGGACUUGCAUCCGUCGACAGCGACCCCAAUGCGGCUGCAUCCUCGUAAUUUCCUCCUCAGUCCAGAAAGUGAUAUUAUAGUCAACCUGACUAAAGUUUAAAAAACAUUCAAAUUUACUCUGUACUUUAAUUCACAACAAAUAAGAAAAUAACUUGAGUUAGAUGUCACUUUGAAUUUCAUCAACCAUGAGUAGCCAACCUUAUUCCUUUGUUGACCUUGAGUAACACCCCCCCCCCUCUCUCACAACUUGGAAAGGAUAUGUCUUAUUUUUCAAUACAGCAUUGACAUUCUACAAAUCGAACCAGUAAUAAUCAAAUUUGAUAACAAUAAGCUCGUCAGUAAGUCAGUAUACCUACCUUUCCUAUUCAAGUUCAAAGUGAAACAAAAAUAUUCAAAAAAGAGUAAAAUUAAUUUAGUCAUCAAUUAUAAUUUUGAAUUGUAUUCAAAUCCUUUUUCUCCAUAGGAUUUAGUAGUGUAAUCCACACAUCUGAAACGAUGUAGGAUAACUUAUAGGUUUCAUAGUUUACUGUUGUAAUUGCUUGCUCAGUGCCUGCUUGUUGAAGCAGUUUUAAUAGAUUUGAUAAUUAAUUAUUGGAAUUUCAUCCUUCUUCUUCUUGAAAAGGCCUCUUUGUAGUUUUUCCUAUCUUUUCACUGUUAGGGCCGUUUGUAUAGUCAAAGCUUAAACUAAAUUUAAUCAGCUGGUGGCUUGAACUCAAAAUGAAACACACUAUAACAAACUAGACUUGAUACGGAUUUAAUCCAGUUUAAAAUGAAAUUUAGUUUAAACUAUCACUGUGCAAACGGCCCUUGAUGUUUGGAAAUAGCAUUCUUCAACCAUUCAUUGGAUUCAAGUAGAUUCAAAACGCUUAGAACCCAUGCAAAUCAAUAUAAUGAGGAACACAUUUCAGAUAGUAAUAUAGUGAAUAGUGAAGGUAUAAGUUCAAAUACUGGAUAGUAAUCAAUCAAGAUAUAAUUGUUAUAACUAACUGAAUAACUGAAUUAUAGAACUCUUUUGAAUGAAUUACAAUUAUUUAAUAAUUUCCAAAAUAUUAAUUUAUCCUAUUCAUCAAUCUAUCUCUGGCAUUUGAAUCAUUUCAAAAAUAUAUUCUAUCAAAUCGGUCCCAUUCAUUCUUUUACUGAUUAGGUAAGUUCUAUUGUCUUCUGAAUUUACAAAAUCAACUUUUUAUAAUGCACUGGUACUGGACUGGGAUAGUAGAAUAGCUUCUACAACUAACCAA